UUGAACUGCUCAUUCCAGCAGCAGCCACUCAGACAGGGAGCUGUCCAGCUCUCUAACAGCCUGAACUAACUCAGGUGGCAACAUUCUACCCUCUGCGUGAGAAGCCAAGUCCUGCUAGUCCUGAACUUUUUUCUAUCCAAGAUUAAGGGCACACUGCUGAGAACAUCUAAUAAGGCCAGAGAGAUGUCUGAGAUGGUCAGUGUUCAUGGAUGGAUGGAGGAGGCCCUCAGCUCUCAAGAUGAGAUGAAUGAUGCAAAUCAGAGACAGUCUGCCUUUGACAUGCUGUCAGGCUUGAGUCAUGAAGAAAAUGGGAGCAUUGAUGGAGAAGAAGAUGAAGAAGAAGAUGAAGAUGGAGAAAAACCAAAGAAAAGGGGCCCCAAAAAAAAGAAGAUGACCAAAGCUAGGAUGGAAAGGUUUCGUGUGAGGAGGGUAAAAGCCAAUGCCAGGGAGCGCUCAAGAAUGCAUGGACUAAAUGAUGCUCUAGAGAGCUUGAGGAGAGUCAUGCCUUGUUACUCCAAAACACAAAAGUUGUCCAAAAUUGAGACCCUCAGAUUGGCCAGAAAUUAUAUAUGGGCAUUAUCUGAGGUGCUGGAAAGAGGUCAAAGUACAGAGGGAAAGAACUUCAUGGAAAUGCUCUGCAAAGGGCUAUCACAGCCUACUAGCAACCUUGUAGCUGGCUGUCUGCAGAUUGGACCUCAGUCCUUGUUCUUGGAAAAACAUGAAGAUAAGCCACAUAUGUGUGACUCAACACUAGGUCAUGCCUACACGUAUCAGUCUCCAGGUCUUCCAAGUCCUCCAUAUGGCAAUAUUGAAACUCACCAUUUGCACUUGAAAGCACCCACAUUUAAAACUGUGGUGGACCCAUCAAUGGUAAACCAUACAUUAAACUGUACCACUCCUCCAUAUGAAGGUGCUCUUACUCCCCCACUGAGCAUUAGUGGCAAUUUUUCCUUGAAACAAGACAAUUCUCCAGAUCUGGACAAAUCCUAUGGCUUCCGAUCCCAUUAUCCUUCCCUUGGGCUUGGUUCUCAUGGCCAUGCUCCUCAUUUUCAAACUGCAGUCCCAAGAUAUGAAAUUCCAAUAGACAUGGCCUAUGAACAAUAUCCACAUCAUGCCAUUUUCACUGAGUAAUUGUCCCAGGAGAGAGGGCUUUAUGAAGAACUUUCAUGUCAAUGGAUUUCAAUGCAAUUUUGAACAAUACAAGUUCUUCUGCUUUUCCUUCGACUUAUCAGGGACUCUAUUAGGCUUUCAUCAUUUCAGAUAAUUUCUGAUAUUUUAAUAUGCCUAGAACAUUUAGAUCAUUUCUGAAUCAACACAAUAUUUGUUUGUUUUUCCAUAUUUUUCUUUUCCAUGUGAGCGUAUGUUAUCAACUGGACUUUUUCAAGUGCAAUGUGCCAGACAGUGACUGAGAUAUUUAGGGCCAAAAUAGGUACAAGUUGACUAUCAAUCACUGAUUAUCAAAAUGAUUUCACACUUGUUAUUGCACUAAUUCACAGUUACACCUAAUAUUAGAUUUAUAUUAUGCCAUAACUAGAAAAAGGAUAUUUUAUUGGCAAGACACGGUAAAUUACUUACUGUCAUAGACACCUGAAGAAGUUCUGUGAUCUAUCAAUAGCACAUUUUUUUAUUGUACCAACACUUAUAACAUUAAAAUGACAUUAAGAUAAAAACACUGUGGGGGGGGGGGGGAUUUA